AUGCGGGAGCGGAAACGACGUGCUUUCGGUGUAUCUGGGUUGAUCUCGUCCCCACCAGUCUGCACUACGAGCGACGAGGACAAGUGGGACGGCGCAGAGGAACGAAGGCGAAUGAGGGAGAGCUACGAGAAGCAGGGAUGGCUGGGAGCUCCGACGCCAAGUCUGAAGACAAAGGGACGGCGAAGAAGAGUGAUCAGGAGGCUAGGACUAGCGGGGAGCGCAGAAGCGGACCAUGAGCGGCGGAUGAUCAUUGUUCACUAUAUGGAACUGGCAAAGCUCGCUUUUCAAGCGGACGAUGUUGCUUUUGGGAUCAUGAGGGAUGCCGAAGGAUACCGAUAUACCCUCGACGUGAGUUCCCAGCCUAUGCUAUGCGAAGCAGGCGGAACCGCCCUCUUACAGCUCGCCGUCAAGGACCGCGCCGAAUGCACCGUGAUGAGUCUGCUCAAAGAUUGGCGGACCAAGGCCAACCCCGUACUCCAGCCGAAUGAUGAAGCGCCACAGUUCUUUGCUGCUGCUCCACUACUCUAUGCUAGAGCGGACCCACCGGUAGCCUUCGGCUGCAUAGCCAUCAUGUGCAAAUCAUCGAGGACGACCUUUUCGGAGCGGGAGCAGGCGAUGUUGUUGCAGAUGUCGAGCAUGCUCGUGUACCAGCUGGCGACAUUCCAAUCCGAGCUGCUGGCCGAAUCUGCGGCGGGAAUGUACGAAAAGUCCCUCGCCUUUCUUCGUCGGUCCAUCAUCCCGAAUCAGAGCGCUCCCUCACACGGACCGACGCCGCGGAAGAAGAAUCCGCCCGAGAUCAAGACCCGACGUGGGCGAUCAAAGCGGGACAAGGCCGUACCAGAAACAGCACGAACGGACCCUCUCGCUUCCCCCUUCGACGCGGCCGAGGCGGAAUUGCCACCCCUCGUGGUCAAGGCCGGACCAAAGGAGCAGCUGGAUGCCAGGCGGAGGUGGCAAGCCAAUAAUCUGGAUCUCCACCAGGAUGCCGCAGAGACAUUGCGAGGCAUUGUGGAGGCGGACGCCCUGGCUGUUAUCGACAUGGAGGACUAUCAGCUGUAUUACCGGCAGACCGGGUCGGACACCCUCGAGCUGGACAAGGCCGCUUCGGAUCCCGCCAACAUGUCGCCUCUGAGCCAGUUCCUGCAGGGUCAGGGAUGGCCAGAGGACCUUCAGCCCAUCGUCCAACACGUCUCCACGUCCAUGACGCCUCGGUCACCCCUCCUCGCCUCGUCAGCCGAUGACCCACAUACCACCUUUACCCUGACUAGCCCGGCGGCCGAGGCGACCAUUUGCGAGCUCCUCGUCAACUACCUCCAGACUAGGCGAUUCUGGUGGGACCGAGACAGUCCGCCAGACUCGCUCGGCGCGAGACUGAUGGCAUUCUGCCCAUCCUCGGCCGAGACGGCUCUGGCACACUUUAUGCUCCGACCGGACGGAAAAAUCCAGCAUCUUAUGCUGGCAACCUGGAAUCGCCCGCCUUCGUCUUUUGCUCAUUCGAGCGCAUUGGCUCUGCCUUUCGUCCAGGUGCUCGGCGGGUUGAGUCUAGCAGCGCUGAACUUCCGGAAAGUCAGGGCGAUUGAGACGAGCCAAAUAUCGUACUCCAAUCUUCAAGCUCAUGAACUCCGCACACCUCUCCACCAGAUCCUUGCCAUCACGCAGGUCCUCCGAUCCACCAUGAUCGAUCUCGCCGAGGCUCCCGCUUCAUGCGACUCCUAUACCAGCUCCCUCCAGCAGAUCCGCGAUCUCAUCCCCAUCCUUGACGCAAUCGACACGUCUGGCAAAACCCUGCACGGUAUCGUCGACAACAUCCUCUCUUUCCUCGAUCUCAAGAGCAAGGAUGCCAGCACACCCAACAGCCCUCGUAUACCUAGUGCAUCCGGAGCGAACCAGAAGCUGCUCGUGGACAUGCUGGAGGAGGUGGUCGUACAAGCGCAUGAAGAUAAUGAGCGGAGCAGGCGCUCAGCGCUACAGUCGCUCAACAGUAUCGAGACGAUCUUUGAGAUCGACCCGCCGAGCUUAGGGACGGAUUACAUGGAAGAUUCAGAUGGUGCUCUCAGACGUGCCCUCACCAAAAUCCUAUCCAACGCGUACAAGUUCAUCGAAGGCGAAGGCUGCGUCGAGAUCAAGCUGUCGAACUUGGUCGGUCCAAACGCCCCAAAGAAUUGUCAAGGCGUCUGCAUGUCCCGCAAGGUCAUGAUAGAGAUCAAGGACAACGGGCCGGGAAUGACGGCCAAGUUUGUUCGCGAUCAUCUCGGCGAACCUUGGGCGAAGCAGGAUGCCUUUACCACCGGAAGUGGCCUUUCCGUCCACCUCGCCUAUCGGAUCAUCGAGAUGAUGGGCGGGUGUAUGGAGGUGCACUCGGCGCCGGGGCGCGGAUGCCUUGUGCGUCUGGAGGUGCCGGUCAUGAAUAAGGCGACGAUCGGUAUUGACGGUUUGACCGCCGCCGAUGCUGAGGCCAGCAAGUCAGCUAGGCAAAAGGUCGCGUUGGUCGGCUUCAACAUUCCCGGCCGGGAGAAUACGGGUCUCUGGCGGUUGGGGGAGACAUUGCGGGAACACUAUCGCCAGCACGGCGCCAUGAUUGUGGACAUAUCAGAGGCGGAUAUCGUUGUUGCGAAUGGGGAGGUGGAAGAGGUACCGCACGGUAGGGCUUUGAUGGAGAAUGCCAAGGCGGGGGAGAUCAUCUUCUUGACCAUGCCGGAUCACGAUCCCCACCCGGAGGUGGUCAUGGCUGCGCAGCGGCAUUCUCGAUCUAUCCGACGCUACCCCAAACCCGUCACUCCCUCCAUCAUCCGUCAGACCCUCCUUCCCCGGCCCGCCCGAGCACAAUCUCAGUCUCAGCAUCUCAAAUACCGGUCAUCCGAGAGCGAAGGCAGACGUACAUCUGCGUCGUCUGGCAUCAGCUCGCCCUCGCUCGGAGGCGCACCGAAGGCGGUCAAAAUCGACGAGGCCGCUUUGCCAAUUUCCUCCCGUCCAGGCGCGCACCGGACAAGCCAAUCCAUGGACGUCACGUCUAAUUGGCGACCCAAGGGGAUGUGCAUCAUGGAGGCGAUCGCUAACCUGUCCCUCGGCGACUACUUUUCCGCUACACGCCGAGUUGACCUCAAGCGGACGACGAGUCGCGGCUCCGAUGGCGGUCAGUCCACACCGGGAACGGUUCACUCGGAAUUGAUGGAAGGGUCCAGUCUGCACGGGACGCCAGAUACUAGUGUAGGCGGCGGUGGGGAUUCGAGCGGGGUGCUGGAGUCACCUAUGGACGUGCUGGAGCCGGAGCAGGUCAAGGUGUUGGUGGUGGAGGAUAAUCUUAUCAAUCGGAAGAUUCUCGUCAAGAUCUUGAGCAAGCUUCCCGUCGACGUGAUCGAAGCAGCGGACGGUGUCGAGGCUGUAGAGCAAUUCACAGCCCUCGGCCAGUCCAAGACAAUAUGCCUCCUCGACAUCAACAUGCCAAACAAAGACGGGUAUCAGGCCUGCCAGGAGAUGAGGGACAUGGAGAAGGCGGAUCCGCACAGAUCACGAGCGGAGAUCAUUGCUGUGACUGCUUUGUCGGCCGAUGAUGAGAAGAGGAAGGGUUGGAAGGCUGGCUUUGACGAGUGGGCUGUCAAGCCAUGUGGGAAGGCAAAGAUCACAAAACUGGUCGAGACGGCCAGGAAGAAGCUGUUGGGGAUCAUGGAGGAGCCGGACCCGGAGAUGGAAAGGCGGUACACGAUCUGA